GUUGCCUGGGGGGAGGUUACUCAUCCCCGGCUCAGGUAAGAGGGCCCAGGUUGGGAGGCGGCACACCCAGGGGGGACGCCGAGGGAGCAGGACGCACCAUGGACCUGGCCGGAAGAGCAGGCGCCCGCGCAGUGAUCUGGACUAUAGUCUGGCUGCUGCUGUCACUGCUGCUCCGAGAAGGAGCGCAGGCCCUGGAGUGCUACAGCUGUGUGCAGAAAGCAGAUGACGGGUGCUCUCCGCAGAAGACCAAGACCGUGAAGUGCGCGCCCGGUGUGGACGUCUGCACAGAGGCCGUGGGGGCGGUGGAGACCAUCCACGGACAGUUCUCAGUGGCAGUGCGGGGCUGCGGAUCGGGACUCCCGGGCAAGAAUGACCGCGGACUGGACCUGUACGGGAUGCUGGCCUUUAUCCAGCUGCAGCAAUGCUCCCAGGACCGCUGCAAUGCCAAGCUCAACCUCACCUCGCGAGUACUCAACCCCGCAGGCAAUGAGAGUGCAUCCGAGCCCAACGGUGUCGAGUGCUACAGCUGCGUGGGGCUGAGCCACGAGGCGUGCCAGGGUACGGCGCCGCCUGUCGUGAGCUGCUACAACGCCAGCGACCGCGUCUACAAGGGCUGUUUUGAUGGCAACGUCACCUUGACGGCAGCUAACAUGACUGUGGCCUUGCCUGUCCGGGGCUGUGUCCUGGACGAUUUGUGCACCCGGGAUUCCGUGACAGGCCCGGGAUUUACCCUCAAAGGCUCCUGCUGCCAGGGAUCCCGCUGUAACUCCGACCUCCGAAACAAGACCUACUUCUCCCUGAGGUUCCCGCCCCUUGUCCUGAUGCCGCCUCCUCAGCCCACCACUCUGGCCCCAACCACCUCUGUCACUCCUUCCACGCCACCCCCGACCACCCGCACCUCCACCUCGAAGCCCCCUCCAGCCCCAACCAGCCGGACUCCUCCACAGGAAGCAGAACCCGAGAUCUCCCAGGAUGAGGACUCCAGCGUGGCCGGAAGUGCUGCUGGCCACCAGGACCGUAGUAAUAUGGGGCAGUACCCCGCACAAGGUGGACCCCAUAACAAAGGCACUGCAGCGCCUUCCGCUGUGUUGGCGGCCCUUCUGUUGGCUGUGGCUGCUGGCACCCUGCUCUGAGCUUCUCCACUGGGAAACCUCCCUCCUGUCCUAGUUCCCUGGCCCUGGGCACCUUCUCUUCCCAUUACUUCCCUUUCCCACCACUGGGCUGGGCUGGCCCAGCCCCUGUUCUUCCAGUCUCCCCCAGUCUCCCUAGCUUCCUCUGCACUGGUUUGCGGCUUCAGGAAAUAAAGUUACUGUUGUGUAUCUCCUGCCGGGUGUCCUAGCUUUUUGAGGGCAGCGAGUGGAUUCCCUUCAUCCUUGUCUCUCCCUCAUCUCCACAUGGUGCCUGGAGCAGAGAGGUCAGAGCUGUCACAGGGAAGGUGUGAGAGGCAGUGCGAAGCCUCCUAUUUGCUUUCUCUCAGUCCAGCUGGAAUAUGGGGGGCAGCGAGGAUUUACGGUUCCUUCCUCUGAUGGCUGCUGCACCUGCACCCUGUCUUCGUGGGAAUUAUUUUGGCGUCUUCUUACUAGACUGUGAGCUCCUCAAGAGCAGGGACUGGGCCUUGUGCCUCCUUGUGGUCUCUUUCUGGCACAGAAAGGCCUCAAUAAAAAUUUAAUUACUUUG